AUGGACCAUUUACUCAGGGAGAGCAGAAACGAGAAAAUGACUGACACCAGUCAAAGAAAUAAUCACCCAACCGAACGAGAAGCAUCGUUGGGUUAUCGGAAAAGUUUAUCGAAUAGUAUCCUUUCUAAAUUUUACCUCCUCAGGGCUAGCGGAGAUGAUAUGAAUUCAUCAACGGAGAACAAUCCCACUAACUCUGACACAACAAAUGAACGUGCAUUCUCCAAAAAGUCAACACGGGCGAUGGCUGUUGCUGUUGAACAAAAAACCAGACGACGUAAAGGAUCCCUGCGGAAGGCUGCACUGCUGGGACGUGGUGCUUUAAGGGAGCGAAAGGAAUCAAGACCCUUUUCAUUCGAAAACAAAAACGAAUCUGCAAAUAAUAUGAUGGGUUUGCUCAGUCCCAUAUCAUCUGAAGAUGAGCCAUCAUUCCCCAACCUAGGACUUGGGAUCUCAGAUAUAGCUACAAGAAAAGAGUCAUCUAGUGGAGAUUAUAAUACUCUUGCCUCCUCAGUUACAACGCUUCCGAUGGGAAAGACUGAUCAGCCUUUAUCGUUGCCUACGUCGAAGAUGAGUCCAACACUAUCUUACACUUCAACUGAUGAGGAAGACAUGUCGGGCUCUUUAGCUCAUAAUACAGCCUUACGCUACUCGUCUGAUUCCUAUUUUCCUCCUAGUGCAGCUUCUGUAUCGCAUCAUCGCUCGGUGCAAAAGGCUAAGUCUCCACUCUCUGCUGUUGGUCUUCCUUCCAACCCUUUACCGGCUUCCGAUGUAGAGUGGGAUUACUCAGAAACAGAAUGGUGGGGGUGGGCGCUACUUAUUUUGACUUGGAUCGUUUUCGUUAUUGGUAUGGGCUCAUGUCUCGGUGUAUGGAGUUGGGCAUGGGAUGUAGGUGAAACGCCAUAUGCUCCUCCAGAACUUGAAGACGACCCAACCCUCCCAAUUGUAGGAUACUAUCCGGCCCUGAUAAUACUAACCUCAGUCAUGGCAUGGGUUUGGGUGAUAGUUGCUUGGGUAGGAAUGAAAUACUUUAGGCAUACAAAUAUCAGCGGUGAAUGA